UCCUACCCUUUCCUCUUUGAAUCGCGCCUUCUACGACGCCAGCUACAAUGACCCGCCAUGCCCCUGUGCCCAUCGGUUGUUGGAUCGCCUAUUGUGCGUUGUCCGCCGUCGCAUGGACCUGCUGUUUGCCAUGCACACUUGUCCUGUGCUGGCCCAAGUCGGAUCGCAACACCAAAGGUCCGGAUGAGGAAGUGCAGAUACUACCUUUAAGGCAGAGGUCGCUCACUCUACCUUUAGGGCAACCGGACUCCUCACAGAUAAUCACUUCGGAUCAAUCGCAGUCGUCCUUGGUCGCUAAGCUGCCGUUGGAGCUACGCGAGGAGAUCUAUCGACACGCUCUGGGAGGCCUCCAAAUCCAUAUACUUAUCUGUGGCUAUAAGCGGCUCAAGCUCUGUGGCUAUCGCUGUGGGCUCUCACGGUGCCGUCACGACGUAUUCGAUCCGAGAGCGUUGCACGAUCUGAACCUUUCGACCGCCGUUCUCAGAACCUGCCGCCUGAUAUACUCCGAAGCUAUUAAGCUUCUCUACUCUGCCAACAACUUUGCCGUAACUUCAUACGGCCAGAAGUACUUUCCGUUGCCAUAUCUCCCGAAGAUCCUUCUUCCUCAACGGCUACGGUCGAUACGAGACUUAUCUAUCUCCUGGGAUGCAACUCCACACUUUAACCUCUCGGAGAAUGGCGACGCUGGUUCGCAACAGUGGUAUGACUCUUGGCACGCUUUAAGUCAGAUGACCGGUCUUCGUAACCUGUUCAUUCAUAUUGGGCUCGACUACUUCAAGUACUCUCCCUCGGUCUAUGUCCUAAACAUAUGGACAGAAAGAGAGGCGCAAAUGUUCGAACCUGUCAAGGCUGUCCAGGCUCCUGAGUCCUUCGUUAUUGUCCUACCCGAUCGGAGAUGCUCCACAGACUUGGAUGUCGGCACAACUAAGUGUAUAUUUCGUGUGCCUGAUUGAGGCGCAACGGCACCCGCAUCGAAUCAGCACGUUA